AUGUAUAGAAUUACUCUAUUUUCUAAAGAUCAAUCAGAGAAAGUUAGCAGAAAACACAUACCUGAAGAAAUACUAGAAUUAUUAAAAGGGUUUUUUCAUGCAGGUAACGCUCAUAAAAGUAAAAGAUAUUCUACAAAAGAAAAGCUUGAUGAAUUACAAAAAAAGGCAGAAAUGGAUGAUCUAGAGGAGACUGAUAUAUCAGGAUUAAAACCUAUUGAAAAUUGGAUUA